AUGAUCCAAAAGGGUAUCCUCGACCUACCUAAUGAAGUUCUAAUCUCCAUCUUCGAACUCAAAAACCCACAAACUGGUGAUUACCAUCGCGAUGUUAUCCCAAACCUUCGGCUCACAUGCCGACGCUUCUGUGUCCUGAGCUCACAUCUUCUUCUUCGUACGGUGACUGUAGAUAUCAGCCGACCAGAUACCCUCACUCGGCUGCAAAGCAUAGCUGCUGAUCGCAAUAUUGCCCGUGGUGUGCGAGAGGUGUACAUUCGUCUUCACUUUUAUCAUCAUUGGGUUGCCGCGAGUCAGGAAAAUUUCAUGGAAGCGGUCGUGUCUGAAUGGUUGCAAAGAACUUCCUAUAUGCACGAUUACAUCCGGCCAGAAAAGGGGGUUUUGGGUAUUGAUCAGAUUGCAUUGCAGGACAAUGACGAUAAUCGGGACCAGAAUGGAGGAGACACUCUGGCGAAGAACGACAAAACGUCGUCGUCUGAAAGCGAAAGUUUGCGAUCACAACUCGUCUGCUCUGAAGCCUACAAGCUGUAUCAAACCCGAUUCCAAGCCCAGGAUCAAAUGAUGCGCAAAACAGAUUUCGCCACAACUCUCGCCGAAUCCUUGUCCAAACUGGUGAACUUCACCAACCUAGUCUUUCAUGACGGCGCAGUGAACAACAACUACGGCCCCGGAGCCACAGUUUUGCUAGAUGUCCACGACUACCUCGGUCAAGAAGAAGCACUUGUGCGCGUCUUCUCUCGACCCAUGAUUUGGGAAGAUGUGCGUUGGAUACAACCACUCCGCGAUUACUGGGAUGCUGUGCCCCUAAAUCUACUCGUCGAUAUACCCCUAGCCAUUGGUGCAAGAAAGGAUAUCUAUAUCAAUUACCUCUCAUUCCAUGUCUCUGCUGCACCGAGUUAUGCCAGCUUCCCGUCAGACCAAACCAUACUCGCUUCUCUGUCAGCCGCUAUAGAUCAUAUGGCUGUAUUCCAACUCAUAUUCCAGCCUUGCUGUCGAAGCAGUUGCGGUCCAUGGCUCGACAACAACAACGAGAACCAUACCUCUGUCAGCUUAUUGUCAAGAGCAGACUUCCAAUCAUUAGAUCGCUACAUCGGCGCUCUAUUAAACAGCAGCAAUCUCGGCUACAUCAAAAUCGACCUUAGCGAGUUUUAUACCAGUGCCGGGUUCAACUCCGAUCUCGAUUUUCCUGACCCCGACCCACUCGGGGAUUAUUGGUAUUUCAACCCGCAGGCUGAGAUUUGGUCUAUCUGUUUGAGACAGGUACCUACCACAUCACGGGUUGUGCAGAAACUUGCAGCUGCUCUCUGUGACGAUGAGGAUGCUGAUUUGGGUCUUCAUUAUAUUACGUUGCGGGAGGGGACGUGGAGGGAGACGCUUGAUGUGCUGCAGGCAAAAAAGGGCGGACCUAAGAUCACCAUUGGAUAUCCGGUUUAUGAUGGAAGAGGUACUUUCUUUGCCGAUUAG